CCUGAUGCGCGAGUAACACUGCAGCGUGUGCAUCAAAACAUGCCUGCGUGCCUGCUGCUUGUUCGCGUAGCUGACUGUAGACAUGUACUUCACAUUGUUCAGUGCAUUAUCUCAUCUGCAUCGUAGAGUUCAUGAUGACUGACAAGAUAACACUUGUAGGUUAAAGCUAAUUAAAACCUAGUUUGCUCGAUCAAUAUAGCAUUAGGCGGAACGGUGUCCGGGUACCGUGGGUCUUCGCACAGAUGACGUACGUAAAAGGACAUACCCAUCGAGACAUGAUGGAGGGAAUGGCAACAGAAUAAUAUAUUUUCACGUGCUCAGUCUUUACAGCAUUCAAAUGGAAGCCGCGAGGUAGAAUCGAACGAUGCAGUAAGCGCAAAUAUUCCCCAAGGGAUUGUGACCUGAAUUAUGAUCGACAAAAAACGAUUUUUAUCUGCCUCACCUGUACCAUAGAAUCAUUAAGUAAUGGAUCGUGACUACACAGAUUCUGAUUCGGACUCUGUGUUCGAUGUACACCAGAGACCUAGUCGAAGUUGGUAUGAUCGAUUGCAAGACAUCUCAUUUUUGAGGAUUUCACAUUAAAGAUUUUCUUGUCAACACGGCUCGGAUUAUCAUCGACAGCGAAGUCAAGGAGCCAUGGAGAUCACCAGAAGUAUUGAUGACAAGCUACGAAAAACAUUUAAUUGAAACAACGAGCGUUUCCUUACCACCAUGUGAAACAAGGGAAGCAACACUGUUGAUUGACAGAAUGACGCUCGAAGAAGGUAAUUUGGAAUUCAAGACCACACCGGUACAGUCCCCAGGCAAACCUAUGAUCCAUCCAUGCAUGGAUCCACCUCUGUGUGAAAACUGCCAGCGCUUAGACCUGUCUUUCUUUGACCCUAUGUGUGCUGGCUGUAAAGAAAUUCUGCUGAACCCUGCCACAACAGUUCCAGAGAUUUUUGCCAUUCUUCGACAGUGGACACCACAGACUCAACAAAACCUUGAGCUGUUAGUUGACGAGAUUUUGAAAAGGGGUGCCAACGUAAAUGACAGAGAUGGCCUGACAGACAUGACAUUGCUGCACUAUGCCAGUAAGGCAGGUGCAGCUGGUAUAGGAGAUCCUGACCUAGCAGCACAGGUUGUCAUAUCCCUCCUUAACAAAGGUGCUGAUGUAAACAUACGAUGCCGGUGGACAAACAUGACUGCUCUUCAUUAUGCAGCAUACUUUGAUGUUGUUCCUGUUCUGAAAGUUUUGCUUAAAACAACAAAAGCUCUUGAUAUUGACAGCACUUGUUCAGAAUUUGAACAUGGUACUGCAUUGCAUAUAGCAGCCUCCAACCUUGCUCAUGAAGCCAUCAAAGUUUUGCUUCAGAAUGGUGCUAAUCCUGGUUUGAGAGAUGAUCUUGGUAGACUUCCAAUAGACUGUGUGCCAGAAGCCAGUAACAAUGAAGUAGAUUCUGAUAAAGGUCUUCUGAUUCAAAAAGUGCGAAAAACAUUGCAGGAAGCAACGCCAUCUUCCCCAAAUAAACCUCCUCCUAACUAUGACCUUGUACACUCUAAAGUCACUCUCCAAGCGCUUGGACUGCAACUGGGAGACAAGAUAGUUGUCAGCGGCAUUAAGACUGGCUAUUUACGCUACUGUGGGCCCACAGAGUUUGCCUCAGGUGUGUGGGCAGGUAUUGAACUUGAUGAACCUCUCGGAAAGAAUGAUGGUAGUAUUGGAGGUAUCUCCUAUUUCAAAUGCCCACCAAACUAUGGAAUCUUUGCACCAAUAAGCAAAGUCACAAAACCAGGAGCCCUUCCUGUAUCAAAAACUCCACCACCCUCACCCAUGCGUGCUAUGAGUAAAGGUCAUGUGGAUGUCUCUAGAGUCACAGCAAGAGUUGACACAGGGCUUGUCAAACCACGAGGACCAUCAGUGUCGGAGACUGGUGACAAUGAGGUGGGAGACCGUGUCAUUGUGGCUGGCCAGAGAAAGGGUACCAUUCGUUACAUGGGAGAGACGCAAUUUGCACCAGGUUUCUGGUUUGGAAUAGAACUUGAUCGGCCAGUUGGGAAGAACGAUGGAUCUGUGAAAGGAGUCCGAUACUUCACCUGCAAAGAAAAGCAUGGCGUCUUUGCUCCACUGUCUCGCAUUCAAAAACUGAGAGGAAGGUUAGGCGAUCGUCGUUUCAGUUCAGAUGAGUCUUUGGAAACAAUCAGCUGGGGUGCUGUGUCAGAAAGACUGGACAGGAAGGUGCAAGGUUUUGGAAGGAGUAAAACACCAACCAAAUCUCCAAAAAUUGGCAUAGGCAUUACACGCACACCUGGAGCAACACAAAACUUCACCCUUGAAGUUGGCAUGAGCGUUCUUUGCAACAAUGAGCUUGGCACAAUACGCUAUAUUGGACCCACAGAAUUUGGAGAAGGUACCUGGCUAGGUGUAGAACUACGCUCACCCAAAGGAAAGAAUGAUGGUAGUGUUCAAGGAAAACGUUAUUUUACCUGCAAACCAGACCAUGGUCUUCUGGUCAAACCCAGCAAAGUCACAGUUCGAGGAAUAAAUGGUGCAAAGUUACUGGGAGAGAAUCCGUCCAGCCCUGUGGAAAUCAGUACAAAUGAUCGGCACAAUCGAAGUUCAGGAGAAAGAGAUGUUGAAAAUAAUAGAGAUAAUAAGAAUGAAAGAUGAAAUUGAAAUACAGCAACAGAAAGCCUCAGGAAAAUAAAAACGGAAAGAAGUGAGACAAGACCAAACGUAAAAAAUAAGAUUACAAACCAUAUCAUUGUAUCUAAUACAAACAGAGAUUGCCAUAUUUUUUUAUCCCAUUUUGUACACUACUAUUAGUUGCUCAGCUGAAACAGUUUAUGAAACAGCUUUUCACGUAAAGCUAAGACUUUUCCCAUAGAUGAACCAUUUGAUGAACACUGCCAUGGGGUUCUUGUAGCAAUCGUCUUGUAAAUCUUUGUUUUGGUGACAAAGGGCAAGUUAUGGACAUGCAACAUUUUCUCAUGCUUGCAACUGUAUGUGUAUGUGUAUGUGUGUAUGGGUGAGAGAGAGACAAAGAGGACUGGGAAGAAAAUUUAUUUAAAAUGGAACAAUAACUUCAUUUCAAUCUUUUACCAUCAUUAUUUUCUUUUUUUCUCUCAUAUCAAUUUUUCAGUUGGACAAUCUGUCUCCACAAAAUGUUUGUAGCUUUCUAUUUUUAUUGCAUAUUUUGUAAAUAUGUUUAAAAUACAAAAAGGCACAAAACAACGAAGAAAGUACUACAUCAUGAAGAAAGUACUUCAUCAAAUACAUGGUACAGGCACACAUAACGUUCACAUUGCAAAAGUACAGAUUGUUUGAAGUACCAAAAAGAGGGUGCAUGUAGGUGGCCCCUCACUGUUGCAUAUGUACAGUUACCUAUUUACACAUGCACACUUUCAUGCACAAACAUUUAACGCUGCUAUUUAUUUUGACCCAUGUUAACCUUCAAGAAAAAAAGGCUGACCACAAACAUAUCUAGAUGCUGUUUGAUGAGGAUUAAUUAGCUGGGUAUUAUAUCUUUUUCCUGAUCAUUAUAUUCUAAGGUAAAGGUUUGGUAACUUGUGGUUAAAAUGAGUGUUUUAAACAUACAUUUCAUUCUGUUUUCCCCUAUUUGUAAAUAGUACAUUUUUUUUUUUACAAAUCUCUUUAAAAGGCAUAUGUCUCACCUGUUAGUGGUAAUCAAAUGUCUUCCUUUAAAGGUGCAGCAUUUUCUGGUCAACAUCGAAAUUAUGAUGUGAUAAAGAUAAUAAUUUUGCCACAGUUGCUGCUGAUUGUGUCUUUACAAACGUUUGCUUGCAGUCUUUGGUAACUCUUUGCAUGUGUUUUUUUCCAUUGUCAGCUUACAUGUAAAUACCAAAAAUGAUUUAUGUUUGCAGGUUUUAUGCUGACUUUAUUACAAUUUUACAUUUCUGCAGUUAUGCAUCUUUUAACUUAUGCACAACUAACAUUUUUUUAAACAAAACUGCUCACUGAUACAUGUUUUUAUUAAUUUUUUUGAUUAAAGUUUGUAAAUUUAUUAGAGAUUGACGAGUCUUCAUUAAAACAUUACAUUCCUUUCAAAGACCAAUUAUAAAACAUUUAUCUCCCAAAGACAAACUGUCAGUUUUUGGAAACUUGAUCCACAGUUUUCAUUACUAAAAGUUUAUAUUAAAAUCUACCUCUGGUUUUCACAUAACAUUUGUGUCUCCGCCUUCAGUACAGCAUUCAGUACGACGUGGAGUGGAAGACUGGAGGUAAAAGUUCUUUGCUGACCUUGACAAGUCCAAUCCAUACUUUAUAUAAAACUAGCAGUGAAUCGUGGCACGGAUUGUGAGAAAUUCACUCCAGCUUUCUGUUACAAAUCAGCACAUUACCAAUUACUUUUGCUUUCUGAGAUCAUUGAAGACCUAUGUAAAUAGAAAAAAAAAACCAGCCUCUUUGUUAAAACUGACUAGAACACUGCUGUGCCUUUAAAUUGUUUGAAAAUCGGGCCGUGUUAAAGCAAUAAAAACUUUUUAUCAUCA